AGACGAGCUUCUCCCUGCACCCGCACCCACCCGCACGCCAUGUCCAGCCCUUGCGACCCCGUGUGGAAGGCUCUGUGUGCAUCAAGGAUGCUCUCCUCUCGCCCUGCUCCUCUCGACGACGACGCAGCCGCUGGCCGAGUCCUCCAACGCCUCCAACAUCUCCAUCACCUCCUCCAACCUCGCCCUCGACGACCACGUCAUCGAACACGACUUGGGGAUCAGCAACCCGGGCCUCGACGAUGACAGCUUCACCGCCAAUGUCUUGGCCGGGGACGCGACUCUCCCUCGGCGGCGGGCGGCGGAGGAUGGCGGCCCAUGCUGCGGUUCCACGAGCAGCCCGUCACGAAGGAGCCGCAGGCGGGCGACAGCGGCCACUGGACGGUCGACAACGGCGUCUUCAGCGACGUGGACCUGGGCGACGGCGGCGACCGCGUGGACGGCGUCCAGAUCCCCGGCGCGGAGGGCCGGACGGACUCGCGCAGCACGACCCGCGAGUCCGGCUACGGGCGCUCCCUCGACGACAGCAACGGGUCCUCGUCGCACCCUCCUCGUCAGCGUCGCCUUCCACUCGCGCCCGGACCCUGGUGUUUUCAAAGUGGUGGUUGAGGACGUGACAAAAUGUUGGUUUGUCUUGAGGCGGUAUCAAGAGUUUCUUGCUCUUCAGGACAUAAUCAAGCUAAAGGUCCACGAACCGCGUGUUACUCUCCCACUGCAGGACACCGCAGAACGCACAUUACUAAAUGACUUUAUCCGGGAUGUUAUGGGAGAUCCUAGAAUCGUAGCUGUACCGGAGGUUCGCGAAUUCCUACAACUCGACAGAUUUAGAAGAUCGAGCACCACAGACACAUCUAGCAGUUCGAGUGAUUCUGCAAGCUCGCCGGAUUCCAGUCCUUCGUCAGUAGUAUUGGAUCCUCGCCUUCUUAUGCCACCAGGAGCACCAGCACUCGCAAGGAAACAAGCGUCGAAUAAUCACAGGAAAAAGUCUGCUAAGGAGGAUGACAUUUCUUCUUCGCUUGACUCCGAAAAAGACAUCGAUCUUGGCUGCACUAAGAAAUCCCUUACACCCGGAGACUUCGAAUUCUUGAGCGUAGUCGGAAAGGGAAGUUUCGGACGAGUGAUGCUUGCCAGAUAUCGCCAGGAUAACAAAGUUUACGCUGUGAAGGUCCUGAACAAGAAAAUGAUCAUCCGCAGAAACGAGACGGCGCACGUGCUGAGCGAGCGGUCGGUGCUGAUCCAGGUGAUGCAGCACCCGUACCUGGUCACGCUGCACUUCGCCUUCACGACGCACCAGAAAAUCUUCUUCGUCCUGGAUUACGUCAACGGCGGGGAGCUGUUCUUCCACCUGCAACGGGAGCGCGUGUUCAUGGAGUCCAGAGCAAAAUUCUACGCUGCCGAGAUCUGCUGCGCCCUCACGUACAUGCACACGAAGGGCAUCGUGUACCGCGACCUGAAACCCGAGAACAUCCUGCUGGACACGGCGGGCCACAUCGUCCUCACCGACUUCGGCCUGUGCAAGGAGGGCCUCCUGCACUCCUCCUCCAAGACGUCCACCUUCUGCGGGACUCCGGAGUACCUGGCGCCGGAGAUCUUGAAGAAGCAGCCGUACUCUCGCGCCGUCGACUGGUGGACGUUGGGCGCCGUGCUGUACGAGAUGCUGUACGGCCUCCCGCCCUUCUACUCCCGCGACACGCACGCCAUGUACACCGCCAUCCUGACCAAGCCGCUGAAGCUGAAGGCGACAGUCAGCAAGAAAGCGAGGGCGAUCUUGGAAGGGCUCCUCCAGAAGGACCCGCAUGACAGGCUGGGCGCGGGCCUCUUGGACGGCGAGGACGUCAAGAAAGACGAGUUCUUCAAGGACAUCGACUGGGACAAAGUGGAGAAGAGAGCCUUGACGCCGCCCUUCGUGCCUUCGGUGAGCAGCGAAACAGACACGCGAAAUGUCGACCCGAUGUUCACCAAGGAGGCCGUCAUAGGUCAGUCCCCGGCCUCGCCCCAAGGACUGUCGGCCUCCGUGCAAGCUGUCGACCACGUCUUCCAGGGCUUCAGCUAUGCCCCGCCCCUCGAUCUAGAAGACCAAUGGGAGGCGGCGUGAGCAUGCUGGGAAAUAGCUGUGCUCCGCCCACUUCGAGGUUGAGCUCUCGGGUGCAGCUUUAUUUUUGAGGUUGUUUAAGCCCCGACCUUUUUACCUGGUUGGGCUCAAUCUUGUAGAAGCUUUAGUUGGGUCAGUCGGUUGGAGUGACUAGGUGGAAUGAAGCUUCAACUACUUGAAAAGGCGUUCCAGAAGAGUUGCAAGGUGACCAAAGGGAACAAUGAAGAAGGGUGUAUAUAUUCGAAGGAUGUUAUUUUAUACAAAUGAAUAAAAAAGUACAAAAAAUACUACACAUUCCAAAAAAGUGAUAGAAACUCCUAAGGCAGAAAAAAGUUCUCCUUGGGGUUUAUCAGGGUAAUGGACAAAUGGUUGUGUCUUUGUAAAUAAUGUGUUCUACAUUAUGAUUUUUUUUACAAGAAAGACCAGUGAAUGUGUAAGUGAUUUUCAGGAGAGACAAACAUGUAGAACUUUUGAUAUUCGAUUUUUAUUAUUAUACUAACAGGUGUAGAACUGCACAGGCAAACACCUGAUUUUCGAAUGUUGAGAUUUUUAAAGACAUGAAGAUGAAAAUCACAUCAGCAGAAACGUGCUUGGACAGUGACUUUGAGUCUUGCAUUAGAAACUGCUUGGUAUUAGAACAAGGAAAUGAAAGCAAAAAAAGAAAAGGAAGAGAAAGAGUAAAAAAGGGAAAGAUGAAAAAUAAAGAGAUAGACAGGUCAGUACUCUUAGAUAAUCUGAAAGUAA